CGCUCCAGCCUCGUCCAAGCCAUCGCUUCAGCAUACGACCAAGCAUCCCAUCAUGGGCGGCACGAACCCCGUCGACGAGCUCUUUGAGUGGGCCCGGAAGCACGGCGCGCGGAUCGACAACAUUGUCAUGAGAGAUCACUCCAACGAACAAGAUGGCUCGUAUGCUCAACGGGCGGCUUACGCAAAGGCACCGAUCGGCUCCAAUGAGGUCAUCGGCUAUAUACCCGAUAUCCUUGUCCUCCAUGAAACCGCCGCCAAUGCCUCUCCCGUCGGCAAGGCCAUCCGCAGCUACCUGUCAAAGCACCCCGAGAGCUCGACAGCCUUCCACGAUGCCAGCGACCCGUACUGCGCCGGCCUGCUCCUGAUGUCGGCCUAUCUGGUGUACGAGCGGUUCGAGAGGCCAGAGGGAGAGUCCUUCUACUAUCCAUAUCUCAACAGUCUGCCCAAGACCUUCAACAUCCCGAUGUGGUGGCCGAUCGAGCAAGUCGAGGAAUUGCUCAAGGGCACCAAUCUAUUCUACAUCGUGCAGUCGAGGAAGGCCCUGUUGACCCGCGGCCUCAAGCUCAUCCAACUCGCUUGCAAGGAUGUCUUUCCGAAGGGAACUCUAACAUGGGAUAACAUGUUGUGGGCAUAUUCCGCCAUCUCAAGCCGUGCUUUCCCAAAGAGCCGACUGACCAAACGCGAGGAGGCCGACGACGAGCUCCCCUCUGUGCUGGGCACCGCAAGCGAGCUCUGCCUCUAUCCCGUGUUGGAUAUGCUCAACCAUCGGAGAGGAUAUCGGAUCGAGUGGGAUGCGACGAUAGACUCGGGCAUGUCUUUCAUUACCCACGAAUCUGUUGCCGAGGGUGAGGAACUCGUCAACAACUAUGGUGCCAAGGGAAAUGAGAAUCUACUCGGAAAUUACGGAUUUGUGCUUGACCCAAACCCAGAAGAUUACUACAAAGCCUCGUUGAACAUCCGCGAUGCAAUCGACCCUCUUGCCUCUCGAAAGCGCAGUCUCCUGGAACGAAUCACACCUUCGCGACUCGUCCACUUGCUGUUCUGCGACGACACCCUGCCGGCGGAUCUGAUCUGCGUCAUGCGAGUCUUGGUCAUGAACGAGUACGAACUCGACGUCUUUGAAAGCUCGUUGGUGGACGGGCGGGGCAACGCACCGGCGGUGCCGUUUACUCCCAGAAACGAGAUGGCGGUCUUUAGCAUGCUCUGGUCCAUGCUCCAGGUGCGCCAUAGCGGCGUACGCGAAGGAGCAUGGGAAGGCUGGGAGACGGAGCGAUUGGACUUGGACAGCUCGACCCGGGAGCGACAGCGGCUGGCUCGGGUCUACAGACGAGGUCAGCUCGACAUUCUCAGCCACAACAUGAGGCUGGUGACCGAGAACGUCAAGGCUUUCCUCAAGGGCAAGGGCGCUUCUCAUGACGGGUUCUUCAGGGACUGCUUCCUGACAUUGGAGAACGAGCUCAUCGACGAUGCCUUUCUGGAAGCUCUGGCGGCGCUGGGCGAGGAGGCCCAGAUCGAGAUCGACGAAGACACGGCUCUGUCGCUGUUGAUCAUCUGGGAGCAUGCCCGUGGCGAUCAGUCGCCGUGGUGCGCAUGCUUCUCGAGCCUCUAUGGAAUGGACAGCGGUAUCAUUCCGCAGAUACUCGGCGAACAAGUCGAGGCCAUCUCCGAACACUUUGACCAGUAUGUGUUUCCGCUCUUGGAGGUGGAGCGCUCACUCUUUCCUGCGCACGUCUACAACAACCAGUCCUUCAUGUGGGCUGCGUGUAUUCUCGAAACCCACGGCCUGACGAUGCAGUCGAACCACUUUGGAGAGACGGCAAGCGCCUCCAGCCCGAGCGAGACGGACGAGCCCGAUAUUGUGCACGGUCUGAUUAUGCUGUGAACAUGCCGAAACAGAACACCCUGUUUUGAGUGGGGGCUGUCGUUGAUUUCCGGGCCUG